CCCUCAAGAUAUAAAUAGAAUUAAAAAAAGAGGUUUAGUUAGUAAGAUAAGACAUUCGAGCUAUGUCCACUUGAUCCUUGAAAAGGAAAUCUAAGAGGCUGUUACUAUCGCUUUUCCAAUCCUAUAUAAGGUGGACAAUGAGCAUCACGGACGUUCUCAGCGCUGACGACAUUGCAGCAGCCCUGCAGGAGUGCCAAGACCCAGAUACUUUUGAACCCCAAAAAUUCUUCCAGACAUCAGGCCUCUCCAAGAUGUCAGCCAGCCAGGUGAAGGAUGUUUUCCGGUUCAUAGACAAUGACCAGAGUGGAUACCUGGAUGAAGAAGAGCUUAAGUUUUUCCUCCAGAAGUUUGAGAGUGGUGCUAGAGAGCUGACUGAGUCAGAAACCAAGUCCUUAAUGGCUGCGGCAGAUAAUGAUGGAGACGGCAAAAUUGGGGCUGAAGGUAUGCUCACACCUGUACGUAGCACAAAGCACGGCUGGUCAGGGAGUGUCCACGGGGCUUGGGCUGUGAAAUCAGACAGAUGGGGAUUAAAAUCCCCGUUCUUAACCGUGCUGAGCCUCAGUCUUCUCAUCUGUAAAAUGGGACAAAGGUGAUGCACGUAAAGACUGUGGCAUGAUGCCUGGGGAUGUCUCACAGAAGCUAGUUUUUCUGGUUAUAGUCUGUGAAUUGAAAAUGCCCCUCACCUGACUAAGGAACUAGCUGAUCCUCUGGCCAGUUACUUGCAAGACACCCUGAGGGCCCUAGCAAAUAAUGCCAGGAAUUACCACCACUGGGAAUUGAGCCCGU